AUGAAUAUCGUCACAAGCUACUUCCUGGUGAAGCGCAUUCCCGGGAGCAUUUUUCUUGGUGAGGCUUCCCUACGAAAUGCCGAGGCACGGCAGCGUGAGUACUUGGAAUGCAUCAGGCAGAAUGUCACUCACAGAGAGGUGGACUCCCUGCAUCUUCUUAUCGAGGGAAGCGACGCAUACAACCACUUCCGAACACAUAUUAUGGAGAACAAUAAUUCGUUUCCCGACGGGCGGUUGCGGCAGAAAAUCGUGCCGAUACUGUGGCAGAAAGGGCAGCCAACGUACGCGGACUUAUUUGAACACGCCAAUAAGCUUCUCCGAGGGCGAUUGGCGAUGGUAUGCAAUGCUGACGUUUACAUAUCUCAGCACGGUGCGUCUGUGCGGGAUCUGGCAAGGCUCUUUGACCAGGGGGUACCGCGUGUGGCCUUGGCGUUAACGCGAUAUGAGAGCGAAAAUUUUAUGGACGCACCACUGCAAGAUAACUACAGGGGGUCCCACGAUGCUUUUGUUGUACGACCGCCGUUGGAAGACUCAUUGCUAAGAAGCGUGAAACAUCCGCAGAACUGUUACAAGGCGGAAAAUGUUGUGUUGCACGAACUACAACGGCAUGGGUACAUGGUGAAGAACCCCUGCCGCGAUUUCAUGCUGGUACACCGCCACGAAGCGGAUCUGCGGCAGUGGCUGCCUUCUGUCGAUGAGGAACGGUAUGCGAGAGCACCGCCAUGUAGCAUUGAAGAAGCUGUAAUCGCCCUGAAGGAAGAGAACGACAGGUUGGAACGGCAUUAA